ACUCUCUCUCUCACCAACACCGUCCAUCCUUCAGGGACCCCUGGACCUGCCGAAACAGGCCUCCAACAAGUGGCGCCCAAACAGGGACCUGAAGGACACAGACUCCCCCUUGUGGAAUCCAGAUCGUUUAGUGCGACGCUAUGUGGAGCCUUCCGACUCCUCCCUCGACUCCAGCGCCUCCCCCACCAUAUCAACCUCAACCUCGGACUCGCAACCCAGGAAGAAUGCAGAGAAACCAUCAUAUCCUCAACCCCCUGCCUCCUAUGGGUCCACGCAGGAUAACAACACUCACUGAGACCAUGAGUGAACUCUCCUUGCAGGAGGAACGACCCCGUCGCCGCCGCCACCUCGCCCGAUCUAUGCGGAUCUCCACUCGUCAUACUUGGGGACAAUUAAAAACCCUGACAGAUGAGGCUAUUACCCUUGUUGAAACUCAGGGAAACUCAGUUACUCCAGCUACGCUGUUUGUAGCCCUUCUUGCACUAUUGUCUUCUCAGGCCAGUUCGGGUUAUGCCCUUAAACAACAAUAUUGGACUUAUAUCCCAAACCCUCCUAUGUUAAGGCCUGUAACUUGGGAUAAUGAGCCUAUUUCUGUUUUCACUAACAAUCCAGAUCUACUCGGUGGCAGCUCAGAUGAGUUCCUGAGGCCUCAAAUCAAUCCUGAUUUCUCCUAUGUUGGAAAAUCCAGUUCCCCUCCCAUAUGUUUUUCUUAUGGUCAGAGUCUUAAGGGAUGCCUUCCCGUCUCCCAUAAAGGCCUACUGACUGAUUCUCCAACUGAAGUUAAAGGAAGGCGGGAAUUUUGGUCUAUAUUUAUGUUGACUCCGGGGAGUAGAGACCCUGUUACUGAUGAUAAACAGUCUAUUCCUAAAAAAUUCAGUCGCUGCAACAAGCCACCUCCUUUCCAGACUCAUCCUAACGAUAAUUCAAAUGACAAUGUCUGGACACUCAUUGAUGUUAACUAGGGUUAUCCUCAUUGGUGGUCUUGUAUGUAUCCUAUGCGAAUAAGUUACUAUUUGACACACACAAAACAAAUAAUAAAUGAUUAGUCUAAUCCCAUGCCCUCUGCUGACUAUAGGCAUUCACUCAAGAGCUUGCCCAAAUACUCUUGGUCAGAUACCCUUAUACCUAAACCCUUAUCAGUUAACAGAUGGCAUACUAAUGGAUGGGUCCCUCCUAUGCUAACAAUGACUAUUGAUGGCAAUCUCUUUAAGCAAACUGACAUUUGGCAGCUCGUGGCUGCAAUGCGUCACAUUAUAUUGACUCGCCCAUAUGGCCCCACAUAUUAUGCUGUCACUGCCUGUGUUCAAGCGCCAUAUGCCCUCCUGUAUUCUAGCAUGACCCAUGGAAAGUUUGCUAUUGAAUCAAAAAAGGAUCAAAGCUAUUAUAUUACAUGUACAGGAUGUGUUCUAACUAACUGCAUUUCUUCUGAUAAUGGAAUUAAGUUUUUAAUGAUAUUAAGACAACCUCCUUACAUUAUGCUCCCUGUAGAACUAAAUAUCCCUUGGUAUGAUGAUUAUGGAUUGCAGGUCUUACAAGAGAUCAAUUAUGCUCUCAUACGCCCAAAGCGAUUCAUUGGAGCUCUAAUAUUGGGCAUUACCGCACUGAUUGCCAUCAUAGGGUCUAUGGCUGCUUCCACUGUCUCCCUUGUCCAGGAUAUACAUACAGCCCAACACGUUGACCAAUUAACUAGAAAUGUCUCUUUUGCAUUGGCCACUCAAGAAAUAAUUGACAGGAAAUUGGAUACUAAGCUUAAUGCCUUAGAAGAGGCAGUACUGUUUAUCGGAAAUGAAUUAAGUUUUCUAAAAUCUCGUUUGGCUCUUCGAUGUCACAAGGAGUAUAGUUGGAUCUGUGUUACUCCCCUCCAACAUAAUGAUACCAUUCACACUUGGGAGAAUAUCCAAAAUCACCUACUUGGUAUUUGGAAUCAUUCUAAUUUUAGCAUUGAUGUCCAAACCCUUCAUGAACAGAUUCAGGCUAUUAAUGCAUCCUCUACCUUUGUCUCUCCUUCACAGGUUGCAACCUCCUUUUUACAAGGACUACAAAAUUUCAUUAGCGCUCAGGGACUAAAUUUACUCCUGACAAAUAUUGGCAUGGUGGCUGGAGUGUUAGUGCUCAUAUUGUGCCUUGUUCCCUGUUUCUUCAAAAUAACUAAUCGAGGCUUUCACAGAGAAAACGUUGAGCUGCACAACCUUCAUUUACAAAAUAAGAAAGGGGGAGAGAUGUUGGGAGCCCUUCCGAACUCAUAAGUUGAGAAUACUCCUUGUGAGGUUAAGGCAAGUUUGCAUGGUCUCUUGCCUUCAGAUGGUGACCGAUAUCCACCCCCACUCAAUUAUUUCUGCUUGAGCACUGACCCCCAAGGUACCUUGUUAAUCGAUAUCGGAAGUAACUGUCCCCUUAUUCUGGCCCUGGUAUGAUGAUUGCACCCUGUGAAAGAAAUUACUGUAGGAACCUCUCCCUUUGUGAUUAUGGGUACAGACGUCUGUCUGCGGCAGGUCCUGUUCUCCUUGAUACUUCCCUUGUUUUUCCUUCCCAGAUAGCAGUGUCCUUUCUAGAUGGAUUGCAUAAUUUUUCUAGUAAUGUAGCUUCCUUUUUUUAAAAAUAAAUAUUGGUAAUAUCCUUAGAGCCAC